GCUUUCUCCUCUCCUCCUUUUCAUCUUCUUUCUUCUUCUUCUUCCUCCUCCUCUUUCUUUUCGCCCCGCGAGGAUCACGACGUCACGAGAAGACGCCAAAAUUUUUUAAUGCUUCGAUCUCUCUCUCUCUCGUGACGACGAUACCACCACGCCACCAUCCAGAUCCCUCCAUUUCCAUCUAUUUAUGCGCCCCCUUCCGCCAUGGUUUCCUCCGCAGGGCCGUUGCUUCCAGCUCCUGCGAUUUUGAUUCCGGCGAGCAUACGCGAUGAGUUCAGGGGGCGGAGAGCCACAGGAGCCGCAAUCGCCCACCGGCCGCCGGAUCCGCGACUUCGAGUUCCGCAACUCCCUCCCCCGCGUCCGCAGCGCCUCCUUCUCCUCCGCCGCGCCAGAAACCGUUGCAAAAUCGUCCGCCGCUUCGUCCACUUCCAGGUUCGGGAGUUAUGCCCAGGCCACCGUCAAGAUCGUCAAGGGCGAAUUCGGAUACGUCCUCGAGGACGUGCCCCACUUGACGGACUACCUCCCUGACCUACCCACAUAUCCAAAUCCACUCCAAGACAAUCCUGCUUAUUCAGUCGUCAAGCAGUAUUUUGUUGAUGAUGAUGACACUGUUCCAAAGAAGGUUGUCGUUCAAAAAGACAACCCAAGGGGACUCCACUUUCGACGCGGUGGACCACGCCAAAAGGUGUACUUUCAAACAGAUGAUGUCCAUGCUUGCAUUGUGACUUGUGGAGGUCUGUGCCCUGGGCUCAACACUGUAAUUCGGGAAAUUGUAUGUGGUUUGUCCCACAUGUAUGGUGUCAACAAAAUUAGUGGUAUCGAGGGUGGAUAUAGGGGAUUCUAUGCCCGCAACACCAUACAUUUGACACCGAAGAGUGUGAAUGAUAUUCAUAAACGUGGUGGCACUAUUCUUGGAACAUCACGAGGAGGUCAUGACACUUGUAAGAUAGUGGACAACAUCCAGGAUCGUGGGAUUAAUCAGGUUUACAUCAUAGGAGGUGAUGGAACCCAAAAGGGUGCAGCUGCUAUUUUUGAGGAAAUUCGUAGGCAUGGUCUCAAAGUUGCUGUUGCAGGGAUUCCUAAGACAAUAGAUAAUGACAUUGCGGUUAUUGACAAGUCCUUUGGUUUUGAUACUGCUGUUGAAGAAGCCCAACGUGCAAUUAAUGCUGCACAUGUAGAGGCUGGCAGUGUUCAUAAUGGCAUAGGCAUUGUGAAAUUAAUGGGUCGCUAUAGUGGAUUCAUUGCAAUGUAUGCUACUCUUGCAAGUCGCGAUGUUGACUGCUGCUUAAUACCAGAAUCACCAUUUUAUCUGGAAGGGCCUGGUGGUCUUUAUGAAUAUAUGGAGAAACGGCUUAAAGAAAAUGGGCACAUGGUUAUUGUUGUUGCUGAAGGUGCAGGGCAAGAUCUUAUUGAAGAAAGCAUGAAGGCAAUGAACCAUCAGGAUGCUUCUGGAAACAAGCUUCUCCUUGAUGUCGGACUAUGGUUAUCUCAGGGGAUAAAGAAUUACUUUGCAAGCAGUACAAAAACGGAAAUAAACCUGAAAUAUAUAGAUCCCACAUACAUGAUUCGUGCAAUUCCAAGCAAUGCUUCUGAUAAUGUCUACUGCACGCUCCUAGCACACAGUGUGGUACAUGGAGCUAUGGCUGGAUACACAGGUUUCACUGCUGGCUUGGUUAAUGGAAGACACACAUACAUUCCUUUUGAGAGGGUGACAGAAACACGAAACAAGGUAGUCAUAACUGAUAGAAUGUGGGCAAGACUGCUGUCUUCCACCAAUCAACCAAGCUUUUUGAGCUCUAAAGAUGUUGAGGAAGCAAACACAGCAGAGGUGCAAGUGAAGCAGACGGAGGAGCAACCGAAGCAGACAGUGGAUGGGGAAAAGGUCACGGGCAAUGGUUCCAUCUGAGAUGGUGCUUGUUUACUAGCCUAGUAACCAUAAGCAGUGAUAAAAGGUGUUAACAUAGCGACUAUGGCACCUUUAAUAUGAUGUAUUUAUUAAAUUUUUUCAUUUCGUAGAGGAGCAGCGCAUAGUAAUGUGCCUUUAUAAAAUAAACACCAUGGUGCAAUUUAUUGUUUGGUUGCAACAAUGGUGAUUAGCGAGUGUGGAUGACUUGAUUAUCUGCAAACACUUUGUUUCUCAUCUCCAGUCUUUGGAGGGUAGAUAUCCAUUUGCAUUGUUGUGGUUUUUGGAA